AUGGAAGAAGAGAACCACACUGUCCUAUCACAAUUCCUCCUCCUGGGGCUGUCAGAAGACCCUGAAUUACAGCCUGUUCUCUUUGGACUGUUCCUAUCCAUGUACCUGGUCACAGUGCUUGGGAACCUGCUCAUUCUCCUGGCAGUCAGCUCUGACUUCCACCUCCAUACCCCCAUGUACUUCUUCCUCUCCAACCUGUCCUUUGUAGACAUCUGUUUCACUUCUACCACCAUUCCCAAAAUGCUGGUGAACCUCUAUUCACAAAGUAAAGUCAUCUCCUACACAGAAUGCCUCUCUCAAGUGUAUUUUUUCCUUAUGUUUCUUGGAGUGGAUAAUUUUCUACUCACCACAAUGGCCUUUGACCACUUUGUGGCCAUCUGUCAUCCCCUGAACUACACAGUCAUCAUGAAUCCCUGGCUCUGUGUCCUCCUGGUUCUGAUGUCUUGGCUCCUUAUGUUCUGGAUCUCCCUGAUUCAUAUUCUACUGUUGAAUCGACUGAACUUCCCCUCAGGCACUGAAAUCCCACAUUUCUUCUGUGAACUGGCUCAGCUUCUCAAGGUGGCUGGCUCUGAUGCCCUUGCCAAUAACAUCUUCACCUAUGUGGCGGCUGCACUGCUUUGUGUGAUUCCUAUGACAGGUAUCCUCUUCUCUUACUCUCAGAUUGUCUCCUCAUUAGUGAGGAUGUCCUCCAUUGAGAGCAAGUAUAAGGCAUUUUCCACCUGUGGAUCCCACCUCUGUGUGGUCUCCUUGUUCUAUGGAACAGGACUUGGGGUUUACCUUGGUUCUUCUGUGACCCAUUCUUCCCAGAGUAGCUCCAUUGCCUCAGUGAUGUACACCAUGGUCACCCCCAUGCUGAACCCCUUCAUCUACAGCCUGAGGAACAAGGAUGUGAAGGGGACCCUGGGAAGACUCCUCAGCAGAGCAGCCUCUUGUCCUUGA